AAGGCUGCGGGAUGAAGGAGAGCGCUAAAGUCGCUGUUAGAACAAACCAUUCCAAAAUGACAGAUAUACGAAGAUCUUGUCAUGUUAGACAAGUUAGAAGAAAGGCACUCGUGGUGCUGGCGCUGCUCCCGCUACGCAAGGCUCCGCGGACGCCGCUGAUGGGCACCGGCUGGGGUCAGAUUAAGCCAUGCAGGCUGUAAGGAACGCGGGGACCGUGUUCUUGAGGUCAUGGGCUCGGCCACCAACCACGGGAGUCGUAGCCGACGCGCCGGCCCGGACUAUCCACACAAGCCUCCAGCAGCUGCAAGAAGCGGCGGCGAAGAAGAAAGUUGAGGAGGAGGCGGCCGCUCCGAGCCGCAGCAGCUUCAGCAUUUACCCUCCGGUUCCAGGACAGGAGAGCUCUCUGAGGUGGGCAGGAAAGAAAUUUGAGGAAAUCCCAAUCGCACACAUUAAGGCAUCCUACAACAACACCCAGAUCCAGGUUGUCUCUGCCACGAACCAGCCACUGGCCCAUGCUUCCUGUGGCACAGAGGGAUUUCGAAAUGCCAAGAAGGGCACCGGCAUUGCAGCGCAGACUACAGGCAUAGCCGCAGCAGCGAAAGCUACAGGAAAGGGUGUGACCCACAUCCGAGUGGUGGUGAAAGGCCUCGGGCCAGGGCGCUUGUCUGCCAUCAAAGGACUGAGCAUGGGGGGCCUGGAGGUGAUUUCCAUCACUGACAACACCCCCAUCCCACACAAUGGCUGCCGCCCCCGGAAGGCUCGGAGGCUGUGAGGGAAGGACGCAGGAACCUGAUCGCAAGUCUUCAGUCCAGCAGGACCUUGCAGAAAUCACACUGUCUGACUGUCUCCAGAAGACGUCUUGUGGGAGAUGAGUUCAGGCAUCGAGGAGAGAGCUUUGCCUCCUUACACGGUGGCCUUCGCUUGCUCCUUUGACUCAAGACAUGAGGCCAGGCCUGUCUUGGACAGGAGGGGAAGCAACAGGGACAGCUGUGGCCCACACACCACCCAGCAAAUGCUGCCUCUGCUCCGAUGAAAAUAAAAGAGUGUCUCUACCACCUUAGUAACUUGUGAGUUUUUUGCUUCCGGAGUUGGGAACAGUAAUCUCUCUCUUCCUACUGAAAAAGCGAUUGUGAAUUGAGGCGAGACCCAA